AUGGAUACUCAAGUUUCAGUUCUAAAUCCAAAUACUUUUACUUUUUCCACAGAUCUCGAAGAUCCACACUUCAUUACCACAGACCCUAAUGCGCUUCAAAUUCUUGAACACGCCUCAAAACUACUUGCCGAAGAUCAAGUGAUCGCAAUACCUACAGAAACAGUCUAUGGUUUAGCUUCAAAUGCGCUUCGUCCUGAAGCCAUUAAAGGAAUAUACAAAGCCAAAAACAGACCUUUGGAUAAUCCCUUAAUAGUUCAUAUUUCCUCUUUGAAAAUGCUGAGAUCCAUAUUACCUAAUGGCGAAAUACCGAUAGUUUAUGAAUCAGCGAUAAAAAGAUUUUGGCCGGGACCAUUAACGAUAUUAUUACCGAAAUCAGAUUUGAUUCCAUCCGAAAUAACGUGUAAUCAACCCACAGUAGCUAUUAGAUUUCCUUCACACCCAGUCGCUCGAGCAUUGAUAUCAAAAUGCGGAUUUCCAUUGGCCGCACCUUCAGCCAAUGCAUCGGGGAGACCUUCUCCUACACUGGCUUCUCAUGUGUUAACAGAUUUAAAUAAAAAAAUACCAUUAAUUAUAGAUGGCGGGCAAUGUAGUUUUGGCGUGGAAUCCACCGUGAUAGACGCGAUCGGAACUAAGGAUCCAGUAAUAUUGCGUCCUGGUGGAGUUACAUACGAGGAAUUGGUCAAAAUACCGGAAUUUGAGAGACUGAGGGUUUAUAACAAGGACUAUGUAGAUAAGAAACAAGAAAUAGCACCUACCACUCCGGGAAUGAAGUAUCGUCAUUAUUCUCCUAAUGCAAAGAUGGUGUUGGUGGAUGUAUGUGGUAGAGUUGGUGCAAGAGAUAUAAUAGAAAGAGAAAUUCAAAAGAUGGUGAACGGCGGAAUGGACAAUAUUGGAAUUCUGGUUACAGGAUCGAGUAAGACAUCAAAUGGUGCACAACCAAUGUCAGUAGACAACUUCUACUCUAAUAAAGAAUGCGCAAUAAUAAAUGAUUUUAAGGUUUCUACGGCAAAUGAUCAGAACAUUAUUGAAUACACCUUAGGUGAUUCAUCACAUCCAGAGGAAAUUGCUAGAGAAUUAUUUAAAGGAUUAAGAUAUCUUGAUGAACGUAAGGUGGAUUGCAUUAUCGUCGAGGGAAUUUCCGAAGAGAAAGAAGGAUUGGCGGUUAUGAAUCGAUUAAGAAAAGCCGCAUCAAAGACGAUAGUAGAAUGA